AUGUUGUCGGCUGCAGCUACGGCCUAUGCCUUCCAUCACGUCGUUCUACCACCGAAGCUACCACAGCAGGACGACCGUGAGACCGUAUACGAAUUGGGCCUACUCGAGAUCGCCGUCCACGCCCUCGAAUCUCUGAAGCUCAACGUCAAACACGAGCACAUUGGAACUAUCACAUCUGCCAUAGCGACUGUCAAUAACCUUCGAGGUUGCCGAGACGAUCAAGGCAACACUAGUCAGUGUCAGCUACAGGACGUUCUUGUCAAAGCUACGAACGGUGUCACAAUCGGUGCAAUUCCCUUGGAGAUCAAGGAACAAAAUGCCGGAAUCCUUGUGAGCCGCUCUUCGGAUGGCCUGGACUUCGAGUUCUUCGAGCUUUCGCCAACCAAUGCGGCCGCGAUGAGCCCAGGUCGCCUAGUGCGAACGUUCCCAGCUUAUGCAUCAAGGAUACCCGUUGGAGACGUCAACCCAGAGCUUCUUGAGUCUAUCGCUGGUACUCUAGCCACAAUGACGACGCAGCCUGUGCCUGGUUUCCAGCCUCACAUUACCAAAAACCACGUACAGAUGGUCGAGGAGCGCGAUACAACACAUCCGGGCCUGGCCUGUGACUUCUUGAUGAACAUGAUCAGCGCCUUCGGAGAGCCGAUGGAUGUGAAGCGUAUCACGAAGAACACUCGUGAGGAAGUCCUCUGGUGUCAGUGUUUGGCACCGUGGCGACGGUCUCCCUUGUGGCUGUUGCUCCGUGUUUCGCUGCAACUGGUGUUCGCUCGCAAAGCACCCGACACGCUCUCUGGUGACGGUCUUUAUAAAGCCUUCAUGAUUUUCCUGCUAGCACGGAUAAUCGACCUAGCGAAACACCACUGGAAGGAAAUGGAUAGCGAGGCUAUAUACAUUGCCUCAUCCAAGCUGACUCAGCGAUUGCGCAAGUUCUCGCUCCUCAAGCAGACAGGAUGCUUGCAGCCAGGCUGGGCGCAGCAUAUCCACGACAAGAUGCUCGACGCUCACAAACUCAUCAAGCAGCACUGGCAGAAUCGAAUUGACAGCUCUCGAGCUAAUGUCAACUUCAACGCAAUCGCCAGUCUGAAGCCUGAGGCCGACCUCGAUAUGUACCUCUUGGGCUUAGAUGUCUUCUUAUCCAGCAUCAAGUCCCGACAACAAGAAGUUGAGCUAUCUACAUUCUCGCCAAGCGACGAGUAUCCAUCCUACCACGCUACUGAGCUACCAACUAGCCUGCAGCUAUCAGACACCGAUGAAGGUAGAUACUUUCGUCUAGCCGCUAUAGAGGAUUGGGUCGAACAUCAUCUUGCUGGCUGGGCUAGUCAUCAUCUUCACGAUGAGAAUGCGUGUAGCAGACUCUACGGUCUGAUUACCAGCUAUUUUGGAGCCGCCAGUAAAGCCUACGCUCGAGAUCCUAUCGGUAUGUCGAUCAUGUAUCUCACAGUCACUGAGUUGUGGGUUGCAUGCGAUACGAUCGCCUGUAAUAUCUAUCCCCUGCUGUUCGACUACGAUCCUGAGGUCGACCUGACAGAGUUUCAAUGCCUCACACUUCCUCUGAAGAGCCAUCUACAGCGCCUGCACGCCGUCGAAUCCUACGUUCAAUCACGACGCCCCCAACGAAAAGAGCAGAGAUCAUCUGUUUUUCGGGAGUUUGGACACCUCUCUUCCUUCGCUGUCAGAUACUACGAUCAAUGCCAGUCACUCCAGGCUACACUAUCGAAGAUUGAGAUUGAUGCAGCUGCCAAGCGUCAAGAGAAGUGUGAAGAGCUGGUGGAUCUCAAGCGUCAACACGCAGAUUACAUGAAUCGCUACGAGACUACCGAGUGUCAGUACGUGACAUCGGUAUACGACUCCAAUCAUGGAUACACGGAACAGAAGCAUUCCAAGAAUUGCGACAGGUGUACAGCCAAGAACAUGGCAAAUGGGCUCACGGUUGAGCUUUUCGAAUGGCCACUUUCACCUAAAUUGCCCGAAGCAAAAGCAACGAUCUUCGAAUUGAUGAUUCCUGAAGCAUACAGCGACUGGCGCGAAACAACAGCCUAUCUCAUCACCACUGUUCUCGGCUACAAGGACGCGAACUUGACACGACCAUCCUGCUCAUAUACGCUCGACAUGCAUCAUGACUUGUCGCAUUUCAUUUCUUCUCGGUAUCAUGAGCGGCGUAUUGUGCCGCUCUCGCAAGUCAAGAGCCACACUGUUACCCACCGGAAGAUGAAGAAGGCCAUUCCACACUUGACUGACAACAAUGUCUGUCUCCAAAAUGCGCUACAAUACAAAAUGUAUGACACUUGGGAAGGAUCUUUUACGAAACAGCCGAGUUGUACAGGGGAGGUAUCGGAGAACUGUAUCUACCACUUGCCGGAGCGAUCAAAAGCACUUGAACGCUUCAUGCAUCGACCGCCAACUUCACCGGACGGUGAGCAAGCCAACGAAGUGAUUGCUAGUUUAUUUGACUGUCCAGUUCACUUCUCCAUCGACGAAUACAAAGCUUUGGCAGCGCUACCUUUGGGACACAACAUCGUCUACGCAAACAUACUCGCUCAACUUGCGAUUCCUACUGUCGACUUCACGAAGAUCGAAACGCAAUGCAUGGUAUUACAAUCUGUACAGCAGACUGGCCCGCCAAGCCAACGCAUCGAGCGUGAAAGCCAUCUGAUCCUUGCCGAGGCUUCUUUCGGUCAUGCCAUGCUUCGACAGUUAGAGACAGGGCUGGAACGCAUUCGAAUGAACAGCCAAUCAUGGCGAUCGGCAGCUACAUUCUCUUUGCUCGCUCGAAGGGUGCUGAGCUUUGCAUCAGCAUUAGAAGUUCGCGUUCGUGCAAUCGACUUCCUGGUCGACAUGCACACUGUCUGCCAUGCCUGGCUGAGAGCGCUGACUGAGAGGGCGGCUGCCAUGCCUAACGAAAGCUUGGAGAUCGCGCUGUUGUGCAUCAGCACUUAUGACGUCGAGGAAGCUGAUGUUGCGACCAUUCUUCAGCGAAAGUCGGCAAUUUCCAUAUUGCUUCAAUCGUCGAUCGUCAUUCAGGAGAAGCACGGGGCAGUCCUAUCCGAGCACCCAGACUUGUUCAACGUUACAUUACGAGCUUGGAAUCGUCUGAUGUAUCGCUUGCUACCUACGCUACGCACCCUUAUUCUCAAGGAUAGUCGCGGUCUCUCGGAGGCUAUCACCGCGAACUGGUUUGCGUUCGAGCCAACUUCACCUCAGGGUUGGCAAGCGCUCCCCGAGCAUCAAGAACAUUGGCUUCAUACUAAGUCAUUGAGGUCAGGAUCAGAGUCAGGGCAUCUGCCAGUACACUUUAACUUGUUUACUGGUGAGCUGCUUGUCAAUGGACUUCCUCUCGAUCGACUGCCCUCAGAAUACAUGCGCCACAUCAUGUACGCGCCACUGUUCGGUAAAUCAACCCUGGAAGUCGUGCCGACAGGAGAGCCUGGACUAAGGUUCUCGGCGAAGAUGAAACACAAAGAAUACAAUCUUCACUUCGGCAUGAGUGGCGAUGACAUGCUUCUGUUGGCUAUCGGACAUGGCAAGAAGCUCGAGUUGCUUCCUUCACGUCUUUUUCAAGGCUUGUUACCUCAGUCUUUGGUGACAGAUGCAGUCCACUUCUAUGAUUCAGAAGCUCAAGAGGUCAUCUUUCAACCAUUGUACUCUCCAUGGCCUACUGAGAUUGAUGCUGCGUGGUGGCGUCUCGUCCGACACGCAUCAUCAUGGCGACUGGUCAAAGGCGAGACUAUCAUGAUCGAUGUCAACAGCUACACAGCUCGUACGAUAGCCGCUGUUUUAGCCCCACUUGAGAAGCCGCUGCAUAUGCACAUACGUCUUCUUGAUCCAAAUCAAACACCGAAUUCUCGCGUUGAGAUUGAGUUACCGCGCCUACAGAUCGCUUUCGAUCUAGAUGGAAAUGACAAUCAUUUGCGUUCUCGCCAGUAUCGCAACAUGGUUGUUGAUCCGGACCAAACGAUGGGCACCCUCGUAGGCUUGCAGAGCAGGUUGAUACUGAGGUCCACGGAGAAUCGUAUGGUUCUUAUCCCGCACGGGUUUUUUGACUUUGCGAUCACAUCCAAGAUACCUGCUGGACCGUUUGCAUCUUGCAAUGAAUCCAUUUCCCAACAUACCACGGUUCGGCUGGUGGAUAACUCCGCGACUCGAAUUCGCGCGUAUCAUAUGGACGAAACUCUGGGUCAGAUCGAUGGCGAUGGAAGCAUGCAGAGCCGCCUCAUGCUGUGCUAUCUGCAUGCGCUAACGUCUCACUACCUUCCGGAUCCUCUGACUGGAUGUACCGGCACCGAAUCUGCUAUCUCAAUUCUCAGGUCUGCAGCGGUACGAUCGAUCGACCUUCUCACGUCAGAAGAUCUGGAUCUACUGGCUCGUAUAGCAGACCUAUCGGGCGCGAGGAUCUAUUACCCUGCACAUCUGGAAGAAAUGCAGACCACGAGGUGGGACGCGAGACUCCCCUCACUCGCGCACCACCCUUCAUUUCGGAUCCUAGUAUCAGGCCUACUAGAGCAAGCUGCUCGGAUGCAAGUAUUUCACCCAGACAAAUACGUGAUGUUUCAAGGGAUCCAAAUGGCCCAUGUUAAGUUGCAGGAGGCUUCAAACCCCGAUUUGGACAAACGAUCUGCAGUUCGCACAGCCACAUAUCGAGUUGCGAGUUUCGGCGCAGAGGAAUGGACCUCUUCGCUAGACGUGCAGUACGCUGCGCGUGACAUCCAAUUGAUUCCAAAGAGAGGAGAACGAGCUUAUGUGAUAGCCAGCUUGAUCUUGCGCAAUCAAUUUGCUCUUCACAACCCCAUACCCGAUCUCAAAAGCGUACUUGUUCAGAAACAUAUCGCUAGCGCUACUGUUCACGGAGUGGACCAUAUGUAUGAUCUCAGACGUCUUGGAUAUGAUUCAAAAUGGUUAGGGCUCGCAUCGGAGCACAUCAAGACUGCCUGGUGCUCUUUACAGGAAGGUUUGACUGGUGUAACUACAUACGUCAAUCACUACAACCUCGCCACUUGGCUUUCCACAAUGGCCUUCGCAGACAAUGCCGACUUCGAUGUCAUCCAAGCUCUGGCUCUGUUUUACAGAUCACCGCAGGCUUUCUCAGCGGUGCAGCCACCUGCAGUGCCCGAGUUUGACCUCGCUUGGGGGCAUGACUUCCAGGACUGUCAGAUCACCGCUACUCUGCGGCUCGAAUCCAAACAGUAUGGACAAUCUGCCGAAGCUUCACUACCUAAGUUAGACUCAGAGAACAAGCGGCAGCAUCGCGAUAGGAAGAAGCAAACAUUCGAACAUCGGAAGGACAACGCCAUACAGGGAUUUGUGAGCAGUCUAUCGGCACAAUGGCCAGUACAGAGUCCCACAACACCAUCAGCGACGGAGUAUACCACAUAUCUCAAUGUAUCCAAGUCUAUGGCAGCAAUACGGAUACGGAUUGAACAUUGGUACAACAAUCGCCAGUUCAUGGAUUAUUUGGCCCACGUUUCAACGGUAAUAGCGCACCAACCUGCCUCGAGCGUGGUGGCGCCGCGCCACGUACUCACUCUUCCACCCCAGAAAGGCUACAUUGGCGAAAACAUACAUCAUUACAACGCGUUGGACAUCUUCGCUGCCGCGCCACCUCCGACUACCGGUCUCGUUCCACCUUGCGAACCCCAGGUGACCAUCGCGAGGGUACAGCGUCCUGAGAACCAAUCUGAUAUGAGCGAAAGACUUUCCGCUUUCUGUGAGCAUCUUAUGACAGGCGCGAAGUCUGUGUGUGAGCAAGAGUAUGUGGAGACUCUACGAUCAAGCUGCAUAGCCUUGGACGCGCACGUCGCCAACAACAACAUGCGCGACGAACUGCUUGUGAACGCCCAAUCUUUGCUUCAAGGGUAUCUGCAAGACUGCCAGAAACACAUCGCAGACUUCAAUUUCGCCCUGAAGGACCAUUUGAGCAGCGAAGUCGGUGUUCAGAUACAAUUCUCACCACGAAUUCAUCCUAAAUUUUGGUUGAGUCAACUCCAUAGAGACUGCUUCGAUAACCUGUCAUAUCCUUGGCAAGAGACUGUCAUCAGGUAUGCGCUUGCUAUCACUAAUCUGCAACGCGCUCAGAGGUUGUUCCGCCUAUCCAAUAACCUUGUCGACCUCCUCGACGAGCUCAGACACGUUGGCCAUUCCAACUGGGAUGUAUACCAGUAUCCCGAAACUCUGCUGAUGGAAGCUGAGAGCGGUAUGCUUGUCAGGAAAGAGCAGGAACACAUUGCGAGCCAUAUGCGUUCACCAAAGGAUGGUCAUAAUGCUGUGCUUCAAUUGCUGAUGGGAGGUGGCAAGUCGACGACCAUCUUGCCCAUAUUGAGCGCUUUCCAUGGCGACAAGAAGAAGCUUGUGCGAGUAAUCGUCGGAAAGCCCCAGAGUAAACAGAUGCUGACAAUGCUGAUCGCCAAGCUUGGCGGCCUGUUGAACAGAAAGAUCUACCAACUGCCCUUCUCGCGCAACCUCCGACUGAAUGCUCAAGAUGCCAACACCAUCCACGAAAUCUACAAAGAAUGUGUUCGCGAGCGCGGUGUAUUGCUGGCCCAGCCAGAGCAUAUCCUAUCGUCAAGGUUGAUGGCUGUGGAAUGCGUACUUGUCGACGAUUCAGAGACCGCCCAGUCACUGUUAGCAACUCAAAAAUGGCUCGACGACGUGUCUUGCGAUUGUAUCGACGAAAGCGACGAGGUUUUCUCUACCAAAUUCGAGUCUGUUUACACGAUGGGCACCCAGCGAGCGAUUGACUACGCCCCUGAGCGGUGGUUAAUCAUCCAGGAAGUUCUAGCCCUCAUUCCAAAUGUGGCCAAGCGGGUGAAAGAAGAUCUGCAAGAGGCUGUUGAUAUACAGAGCGAUGGAGACGGGAUGUAUCCCAGGAUCAGGUUCCUCCGAACUGACGCUGCUGAUCGAAUUGUGUAUCUUCUUGCGACACGGGUCGUCGAGUCGGGCAUAGGAACUCCUUCUCGCACGCAGUCACCAGCCAUGCAAGCGGCCAUCUUGCACUAUAUCUCCGUAUCAGAACUUGAAGCACAUGAGAUUGAAGCGGUGGAAGAGAGCAUGUUCUGGACCGAGACAACGAAGCCGGCAAUCCUUCUCCUACGUGGCUUGUUCGCCGGUGAUAUUUUACGAUUCGUCUUCCAGAAGCGAUACCGUGUGGACUUUGGCCUGGACAGUCACCGUACCCCAAGCACUCGCCUAGCUGUUCCGUUCCGCAGUAAGGAUGCUCCUUCGCCUAGGAGUGAGUUCUCUCAUGAGGAUGUGGUCAUCGUCUUGACGCAACUCUCCUAUUACUCCAAAGGUUUGGGUGAGGAUGAUCUUUUCGAAACGCUCACCCAUCUUUUGAAGUCAGACCAAGCGGUAAUUCACUACGACGAGAUCGUGAGUACUGCAUCUUCGAGUCUUCCCAAGGCUUUCAGGCAUCUCUCUGGCGUCUCCAUACGCAAUCGAGAUCAAUGCAUCGCCGAAGUGUUCUCAGGUUUGAGACAUUCACGGAAGGCCAUCGACUACUAUCUCUCGUACCUCGUCUUCCCGAAAGAGAUGAAGCACUUCCCCCAAAAGAUCAGUGCGAGCGGCUGGGAUUUAGCUGGGACCAACAAAGUCAACGCAUCCACCGGCUUCUCUGGCACCAAUGAUACCCUGUAUCUGCUCCCACUCGACAUCAAGCAUCUGGAUCUACCGAGUCAACAACACACCAAUGCGGAGGUUUUAUCGUUUCUGUUGAUGGACGAAACAUCCGUGGCCAAUUUACCUGCCCGCGCAGUUGGUAGUACAGGGUAA